AUCAACAUUCAGGGUUCGACCCACCCAGUUUAUAAUUGUGAAUAGGACAUGUAUCCCAAAAAGAUCAUACAAAAAUUAUAGUUCUUGGGAAGGACUGUCAUGAACCCACAAGCACUAUACCUCAAUGUAAUUUGUGUAUUUUAGUGGGUGGGAAGUCUGGCUUCUGAAGCACCUAACAACAUUUUUUAUAAACCAUAGAAGCCAGAUUCUUCCAGGCCAAAUGAAUGUAUCAUAUUCUGAUCUUGAUUUAGGUUAUUUUUACUUACACCGUUACAUGAAGGAAUACAUCAGUAUAGUUUACAAUACGAAUACCUCAUUGUUUAAUGUAAUAACUGCUUUGACGUGUAUGAGCAUAGCAGUCUUGUUAUGACAACAAAUCUAUCGGCAUCACAAACAUCACGCCCAUUCUCUCGACUCUACAGUGGACAAUCAGCCAGCGGCAGCUGCGCAGCCUCAGCAACACCCCGCAGAUCAGGGUAUUCCGCGGCACUACGCGGAUUUAUUGGAGUUAUUUAUUUAAUUAAUGUUAUAUAAUAGUAACUGCCAAGGCGCACACACCCGUCCUCUACCGACAAACGGACUCUAGCAAUGCACAGGCCCGUUAAGAAACCUGCUGAAACAAACUGACCUGUGUACCUGAUAGCAAGAGAUAUUAAAACAGAGACAGUGAGCAGACAAACACAUAACUGGAGUGUCAGCAUCAGGCCAAGUGGUGAAGAACCAGAAGAGUGGUAAGAAGAGCGACCUGGCCCGUGCCUCAGCCAUGGCAGACCCCAGCAUGACGUCCCCCUCAGAGGCCCCUCUGCGCUCCCCCCGGGCUGCGCCCCUUUCCCUCUCCUUCCCCUUCUUGAGGGAGGGCAGCCGUGUGUGGGAAAGGGGAGCGCCACCCCAGCCCCGGUCACUGCCCAGCCCACUGCCCACCAAACGCACCCGCACCUACUCAGCCACGGUGCGGGCCACCUCAGGGCCAGCAUUUAAGGGCGUGUGCAAGAGCUUCUGCAGGUCACAAGGUCAUGGCUUCAUCCGCCCCACCAAUGGCGGAGAUGACAUCUUUGUUCACAUCUCGGAUAUCGAGGGCGAGUAUGUCCCAGUAGAAGGAGAUGAGGUCACAUACAAAGUCUCCCGGAUCCCACCCAAAAACCUGAAGGUCCAGGCCGUGGAGGUGAAGAUCGUUCAUCUGAACCCAGGGACGAAGCAUGAGACCUGGUCUGGCCAGAUCAUCAGCCAGCUAGAGGAGAGCUAGGCUUCAGCGCUGACCUGUUUGUCUACACUUGGGUACAGGGAGGGCUAGGGUGGGAAGGGUGAGGGGUCUGGCUAGGGCAGGCAGGGACAGCCAACUGGUGCUGGAGAGUCUGUCUAAAUCAGGUGUACUACAGCUGGGCUGGAACAAAACCAUAGAUACACUGACUGGCUCCUCAGGACACAAGUUGGCCAUUCGUGAACUAGGAUGUGGUUGGUACAGACUGGAUUGAUAAGUCAUAAAAGCAAGUAAGGGAGGAGAAUAUGUUAAAUCUGAAGGUACUGGAAGUGGGUGAGGGGACAGAGCGGAGUGGUAGAGGAAAUAGAAUGAGAAAUCCGACACCAUUUUGAGGAGAAGCAUUACUAUUGGUGUGAAAUCAAAAUGAGGUUGGAGAGAAAAGAACUGAUGAGGGUUUAGAGUUACAGAAUCGGAAACGUCUGAUUGAGAGAGCAACCAUCUUUGUAUGUUUGCCUUUUAUUUAUAUAUAUAUUUAUUUGAUCAUUUUGUUUAGAUUUUUUUGUAUCCAUUAGUUUUGAGGUUACUGGAUUUAAGUUUUGGACAUUGUAGUUAAAAGAUUGCACUUAAAAACUUGAACUUCCAUUCCGAAAUACUGCCAAACCGACUACAACUCCCAUUAGGCUUUAUCAUGUAGCAAUUUGUAGUCCUGUUUGCAAAUUCUAACUCACCAUGAUGGUAUGAGCAAAUUACUAUAAGGUUUUUGAAACUCUUUCUGAAUCUCUUUUCUAUUGUCUGAGAGACACUGUAACACACUGUCAAUGGAAUUGAAAUACAUUUAAAUGUAUUUGUUAAAAUUCUGAUAUGGUCAUUUGAUUUUUACUGAACUGUUAUUUGAAUUUGUUUCAUGUCUGCCCAUUAUGUUUAGCAUUUCUCCAUAUCUAUGCUAUUUCUAUGCAUUUUUCUAUCCUUCAUUCUUACUCUUCUGGGGUAUUUUAUUUCAUAUUUUAGUUUCAGUUAAAAUGCCAGAUUUUCCAUUGGUCACAGUUCAGAGCAUUUUCUGUUAGACAAGCCACUGUGGCUAUAGUUUACCGUCAUUUCUAUGUGAGCCUUGAAAGCACACUAAAAACAUUUUAUGAUUCACAAUUAUGGUGGCUGUUAUCCUUAUUUAGUAUUUAUCCAUUUAUCUUUGGAGUUAAGGGUGUACAAAGUCUGUGACAUUAGAAUGACAUGCCUAUGUCUUAGUUAUACUUUCCAUCUGUUGUACAAAAAACAAUGAGUCGCAAUUGUCGCAAUGAUUUUAAAAAAUGUAUUACAAUGAACGUACAUAUACAUAGUUCAAAUGAAUACAGUACUCAACAAUCACAUGAUGAUUUCACAAUUAGUGUAUGUUGAUCAAACUGUACAAGUGAGUCCUCUUGACCUUUAUCACAGACGGUUGUGGGAGUGUUACAUUUACUAAGGAGGUCAUCUGAUCCCACAAACAUCCGCAGACUUGGGCAAUAGCAUAAUAAUCAGGUCAAGAAGGCACCAAUUCAUAACCACAACACAUGGUUUAUGAAGGUGACAUCAAAUGCUAAAUAUUUAAUUUCAGUUUAUCUGUUAGGUCACUUAAAAUGUGUGAAUAUUUGGGACAAAGACUGUUAUAAAGAAUAGUCUAUGUAAAAUCCAGAAUUACAUUAUAACUUUCAAAUUAACCCUGAUAAGCCAAAAACAUGGCCUAUGCUUUAUAUCAUACUGUGACCAGGUCACACCUUCAUUGGUUCAUUAAUAAAGUCACAAUCAAUCACUCAUGGGCCUUAUCUGAAAUAAAUAAAUUAUAGAAUAAAACAUAAUUGCUUAGAUUUGUCAUUCAGGAAGGUCUAAUGGCCUUUGGCAGAAGGGUCAAGACAUCCAGAUGAUUGGAUUUGUAGCAGACGUCAUUAACCUUUUAAGAUACAACUAAAGGAUGUGUGCCUGUGAAUAUACUGGGUAGGAAUUGAAGAGGGUGUUUAAACCAUCUGUGAGAUCCAGUUCUUAUAGCGGUGCAGACUGAAGUAGCCAGAAUCAUUUAUAUGCAAUUGCAUAGAUGAGGCAAGACAUCUCUCUACAGUGCCUAUACUCUUAUAAAAAAGGUGCUAUCUAGAACCUAAAAUGGUUAUUUGGCUGUCCCCAUAGGAGAAACCUUUGAAGAACCCUUUUG